AUAAGAGAGAGAGAGCAAGGAGAGAGAGAGCAAGAGAGGGGGAGGAGAAAACAUGCAAUAGAAAUUGUCAGGUCCAGAGACAGAGAUCGAGAGAGAGAGAGAGAGAGAACGAGGGAGAGAGAGAGAGAGCCACAUACAUAUGGUAAGGGAGACAGAAACAGAGAACAAGCGUGUGUGUGUGUAUGCGUGAGCCAGUGUGUGAAUGUGUGCACAGAGGCGCAUUGACAGCAGCGGAGAAGGAACAAGGCUAACAAACGGCAGCCGCGAGAGAAAAGGAGCACAGUGACGCCACUGGGGGAGAGAUAACGACUGAGUGGAAGAAAAGAAGAGAGGAUGAAAGAAAGACAUCAGUGAAGACCUGAGGCUCUGAGACCAGAGAGAGAGAGAGAGAGAGAGAAAGAGAGAGAGAGAGAGAGAGAGGAGAGGAAGAUACCCAGAGAGGCAUCACAGGAGCACACGUAAUUACACAACCUAUUUGGCUGGCUGACUGACAGGCAGAGAGAAAGAGACAGGAGGAGGGAUGGAGAGGGAGCUGCUAGAAACUGCUGCUCGGCCACACCGCAGACGACAGGGUGAGAGGGAGAGAGUUUGAAGGACGAAGGGAACCGACAGAGGAGAAGAAGAGGUGGGCUCCACCACCAGUCUCUGUCCUCCAUCACUGUGACUAAAGGAAGGAGUGACGCAUCCAUCCUUCGACAGCUCAGCCUCCAUCUUACCUUCCCUUCCUCCCUCCACCUCCAUCGUUUGUGUUCUCAGGGUCUCACAGAGAGGAAUGAUCACCUUGCCUCCGUCGCUCCUCUCCUCCUCCUUCUCCUCCUCUUCCUCUGCCCCUCUGGCAAAACACCUUCUGUUCUACUCUCAGACGAACUGAGACCAAUGGGCCAUGUUAUCAGCUUCACACGCACAUGGAAGCUUUACCCUGUAACAAGACUAUUGUCACCUCACAGCACAGUAAUAUCCAAAACCAACAACACACAGCAAGGUGGUAAGAGAACUGGGAGACGAUAUGUUACGACAGGACUAAACGACAACACAGGUAACUCAGCCAAAGAGGACUGUGAGGAUGACAGUCACACCAUCUGACUGUCUGAGGCCACUGAUGUCACUCUGAACCGCUGAGGGACAGACAGACAGACCGUGACGAGGACAAGGUCUCCCUAGAGACCUUUAUCAGCUACCCUAGUGGGAGGACUCAGUUUGAGUCAAGCACCCCUUCCUUAGAGGAAUUCAGGAGUGGUUUGUUAAGGAGCAGGGGAUUUCCAUUGCCUCCUAAAAAAAGACCUCUGCCUUAUCAGACUCCAGUCAAGGAAGCCAAAGGACACAAAACCAUAUUUGACCAAGAGGAGAGAGAGAGUGAGAGUGGGGAGAGAGAGAGAGAGAGAGAGAGAGAGAGAGAGAGAGAGAGAGAGAGAGAGAGAGAGAGAGAGAGAGAGAGAGAGAGAGAGAGAGAGGUUCCAGAGUUUCUACAGGUUGUUCUCACACACAAGGCCAUUCCACAGCCUCAGAAACAGGAAGGAAGUUCUGGUUUGAGCAGCAACAACCUAGAAACAAGCAAGCCCCGUUUGAGUCAGUUUCCCCUGGCAAGCCACAGGACGCUGUGUGAGACAAUACAGAGUGAACUACUACUGAACAGCCUGUGCUGCUUGAGCUCUCCAUUUUGAGAGAGUAGAACUCUUCACAACCCUGUUGUGAAAGUGUAUCAUAUUAGUAUCUAUAUAUGUACAUAUAAGAUUAUUUAUUGGUGUUAUCACUGAAAACAUAUCUUUGUGCUGAUGUGUUGAGUCCUGUUUGGUGUUCAGCUGUUACUGUGGUUGAAUAUCCAGUACAUAUCUUCAUUGUAUAUCUAAGACUGCACAGACUAGUUUUAAGAGGACUAACUACCAGGCUCGGACUGUUAUCGCUGUCUAUCAGUAGUGUUAUCAGCGGACAGUGUUUCUGUGUGAUAGGGAAGUCUGUUUCACUGCUCCAGGUUUGAGGGCUCUGGCUUUAGUCCUCAGUCCUUCUGUCCCACAUAAAGACUCAGGGUAACAGCACCACAGACGUGGGAGGCCUUCUAAUUGAAACAAUGGACAGAAUCAUACGUCCCCAUGUCCCCUCUAAUGGCUGACUUUGACACCCCCAGUUCACUUCAGAGCCCCACCCCACACCCAACCCAAGCCAGGGGCAUUGCCCGCUGAACCACCCACAGCCCCCUCUCUCUAACAAAGACACAGACACACAAAUAAGCUUAAUGUCCAUGUCCUGCCUCAGGCGGCAGCCUGUGACAAUCCCCAUGGAUACCGUCAAGAUUAUCCAGUCGGAAAAGUUCCCCCGGGAAUGCACGGUGCCAGUCACCCAGCCUUGCUUCACCCCUCCCCCGCGGGUGGCAUGGGAUGGAGGGGGAGAGGGAGAGAUCAUUGUGAACCAGGCGUGCAGUGACCUAGCCCUGGAGAUGACCUGCACUGACCUGCCCCCCACCAGACCCAUGGUCUCAUCUCCCCCAGCUCCCAUGGGGCGCAGGGAGAGUUACCUGGCCCAGCGCAAAGCCAGCACCGCAGAGAUCUGCUACCACCAGUUCCACUACAAGAUGGAGGACGUCAUAGUCAACCAGUACGUGCUGCGUUCUUCUUCCACCUCCUCCUCCACCUCCUCUUCCUCCUCAGGGCCCGUGAUGCCUUGUGAGCCCCUGGACUGCCCCACCUGCGGCCACACCUACAACUUUGCAGGCAAGCGUCCACGCAUCCUCUCCUGCCUGCACUCGGUGUGUGAGGAGUGCUUGCAGAUCCUCUACGAGUCCUGCCCCAAGUACAAGUUCAUCUCGUGCCCAACGUGCAGGCGUGAGACGGUGCUGUUCACUGACUAUGGGCUGGCUGCCCUGGCCAUCAACACCAGCAUCCUGAGCCGGCUGCCCUCUGACCCCAAUGGCCCGGUGCAGUGGGGCGGGGAGGCCGACCGGAGCUGCUACCAGACGGUACGCCAGUACUGCCAGUCAGCCUGCACCUGUCAGAUCGCCAACCCCCUGUCCUCCUGUGGCAUCAUGUAGAGACCUAGGCAGGGGCCAAACUGGCAUGCCUCCUCUCUUCUCACGUACAUACAACCCGCCUUCUCUCUUCUCACAUACAUACAACCCGCCUCCUCUCUUCUCAAAUACAUACAACCCGCCUUCUCUCUUCUCACAUACAUACAACCCGCCUCCUCUCUUCUCACAUACAUACAACCCGCCUCCUCUCUUCUCACAUACAUACAACCCGCCUCCUCUCUUCUCACAUACAUACAACCCCACACAGAUGUAUCUCUAUAUUUAAUAGCACAGAUGGAUGCGGUCUGGGUCAAAUGGAUCGUGAAGGACACUGUCUUGCAGACAAAAACAGGGAAAUAGCAAAUAAAUGUAUUUUAUGUAUGAAGUAUGAAUCCUAUUCCCCGUCUCUUGUUCGGAUGUGUUUGUCAUUGACAUCUCUUUACAUGGGAAUGCUAGGGGAGGCCUAUCCCCUCAACUUUGGUCAAUAAAGAAUAAACAAAUGAUUUUAAAAAACCCA